AUGAGCCCCCUCUCUGAGCUGGUGUGGUCUCCGGAUGAGGGCUUGAGCAUUAAAAUUGCGGCGUCCAGUCUAAGCACAAGGAAGGCUUCUCUUCGUUGGAAUGCAGAUACGUUGAGCAUAUUAAUAUCUUCACCUCAACAGAGUGGUUCUGGUCCAGGUGUAAAGAGCGGUGAUACCAUAUAUGAUAACCUAGAGGUGUCAGAAAAGAUGCCAUCACAACUACGGAUUCGUAGUGAUAGCUCAGUGAGAGUAACCAUGGAUAGCCCCAAUAGAGUUACAAAUGUCGAUGCCCUACAAUCUACGUCUAUGAGAUCGCAGGAGCAAGAUUCAACUAAACUUGUAGAGUGCUGUGAUGAAGGGAUUAAUGUCAUGAAUGAAGGGAAAGAAGAGUCGGAAAACUGUUGUGUGGAUAAGCUGGAGGACAUGGAAGCGGGGAAUUAUCCCACAAGAUGUUGCAAGGAUGCUUCCCAUAGUUCAGCCUCCAGAAAAGAAGUCAUGCCUAGUAUUUCAGAAAACCAGGUGUAUUGUGCAACCACUGUCUGCAAUGAAAGAUCUUGGGCAGCUAAUUCAUGGCGUGCUCGGUUAGUAAAAGCAAUUUGUCAGAAAGAAUCUAUGUUGCCAAUGAACACAGAGAAUCCGAUGUUACCUUCUUCCUUAGGAAUUUCAUGUGAUGCAGGAGAGGUCUCAGGCAAAUUGGUAAGUUCCCAAGGCAAUAGAAAUGUUCAAAGCCUGGGCAGUGACAACAAUGUAAUUAGUAAUGUUCCAGAAAUUCAUUCACAUGACAAUCGCCAAGGUCCGGUUCUCCAGGAAAGCCAUAAGGAUGAGCCUGUUGUUGCGAAAGGUGAGUCAGCAUCUGGUGUUAAUGCUGUUUCAAGAUGCGAGUCAGCACCUGUAGUUAAUUCCAGAAAGCUUGUGAAAGGCAAAGAAAAAGUUGUGUACAAUGAUAGCAAUUGUGGUAACAAUACAAGGGAGGGUGAUGACAGCAAUGAGAGCAUCGAGAGCUGUACAAGUACAAAAGCCCCAAAACGGAAGUAUGCGCAGUGUUGUGCAGCCAUGAUGCCUUCUUCUGGAAACAAAAGAUUUAGAAGAGAAGACAAUGAGAGUUCUUGCUCAGGAUUAUUGAAAAAAUGUGGUACAUCUUUCUUCAACUGGAUGUCAUCACUCACGAAUGGGUUAUCCAUGCUUGAUGGAGCCACUGCUGCCAUUCCACUUGAUCAGAAGUUUUCAGCAAGUACAGGAGAGGGAUCUGCAGCACCUUCCCAGCCACUUCAAAAUAACAGCAGCGUUCCUUUGCAAUCUGUUGGCUUCAAUUCGCUCUUCCAGUCCCUGUAUACUCAUAAUGUUAUGAUAACUUCAAGAGAUAAUUGUCGUCAACCAGAAAGCAACUGUGCUGGGCAUGUGUUCAAUAGACUGACCCUGGAAUUAAAUGAUAACAAUUCUAUGUUGGACAAACAAAUUGGCAUGGGUAGAGAAACUCUUGAUGUGGCUACUGAGACUUUAGCUGAUGAACGCUUUCAGAUGAUUUCUGGUGGCUGUAGAGGAAAUGUUCAGAGUCAAAUUGAUAUUUUCCAAAUGAGACCAGAAAGAAAUAUGAAACUGCCUAGUUCCAGUAAGUUUAGCUCUAGACCUCUAGAAGAAAAACAAAAUCAGUGCACAGCUGCCUGCUCAAAUGAUUCAACACAAAAUAAAGGUGGUUUAAGGGAAAGCUUGUGGGUAACUCGGCUUUUGCCAAAAGAAUCAGUGGAACCGAUGGAGGCAACACCAUGCAAUGUAGAGAAUGCUGUUAAUCCACAGGCUGUGGGUAACAAGUUGUGUUGUCCACCUCUUCAGAAUUUUAAUUUGGAGAAGGAACUGAACAAUAUACAAUGCUUCACUGGCAGAGGAAGCAGCGAUGGUGUAACAAGUAGUAAAUGUCCAGCAACGCCUCCAGAGGAACCUAAGCAAUCUGAAACAAUGGCUUCUGUUUUUGCAAAGAGAUUGGACGCACUUAGACAUGCAAACACCUCUGCAGUAAGGUUGGCUACCGCAUGUGAGCGUGGAAGUCCCAAACUGAGAAACCACAAAACUAACUCUUUUGUUGUUAGUUACAGCAGCCAUGAUAAAGUAGAGGCAGGACACGAAAAUCAUAAAUCUUCUAGCGGAAACGGAAGAAUGGUUUUGUGGGUAGGUGACAAAGGCAAGGAACAACUGUGUCUAAGCAACGAAGAAUUAAGAGGAAACUUUAUAUCUGAGCGUGAGCAUCAGCAUCAUGGAGGGAACACAGCUGGCAAAUCUGCAACUCAGCAUAAUUUAGAACUGAACACAUUGGCUGAAGAUACUGACAGAAACCAAGUAGAAUUAAAGGGAGGAGUCUCAGAUUUUAUGGUGGGUCCGUCAGAUAACAAGCAAAUUGUUCCUUAUGGCACUAUGCCUAAUGAUGUCUGUGAUGAAUCAAGUGUUGUUUUUGGUGCCUUGCAUAGGCUUCGCCUGUCUCGCUCAGAUAUUAUAAGAUGGCUGAGAUCACCGAUCAUGCACACUACGUUAGAUGGCUUUUUUGUCCGACUGCGAUUUGGUAAAUGGGAGGAAGCAUUGGGUGGCACAGGAUACCAUGUUGCCUGUCUGAAUGGAGCACUGGAUAGGAGUCGCCUUUCUGUAACCAUCAGAAAUUCAACCUGUCAAGUAGAUUCUCGCUUUGUAUCCAACCAUGACUUCCAUGAGGAUGAGCUGAAGGCAUGGUGGUCUGCUGCCAUGAAGGGUGAGUGGAAGCUACCAUCAAAGGAAGAACUGAGUGUGAAGCUAAGAGAAAGAGAGCUACUUCGUUCGUAG